UGCCGCACCCUGUUGCGAUUGCCGUUCAUUGUGAGAGGGUGGUGUGCUUUGCGUCGGAUCGUUCCCCGAUUGUUUCGUGGGGAACGGCGGGGACAUGACGCAUUAAAAUUGUCUAGCAUUUCGUCUUUGUCCACCAUGUCAAUGCCUUUAAGAAACAAAGACUUUAUUGCUGCCGGCAAAUACAAAGCCAUUCGUAAAAUUGGAAGUGGAUCCUUCGGUGAAAUCUACACAGGCAUCAACACCACAAAUGGGGAGGAAGUCGCUCUGAAGCUAGAGCCAAUCAAUGCACGGCAUCCACAGCUGCUGUAUGAAAGCAAGCUGUAUAAAAUCUUGCAAGGUGGCAUUGGCAUCCCACAUUUCAGAUGGUUCGGCAGGGAAGGCGAGUACUGGGUGCUGGUGAUGGACCUGCUGGGGCCAUCUCUUGAGGAUCUCUUCAAUUUCUGCUCACGCCAGUUCACGGUGAAGACGGUGCUGAUGUUGGCAGACCAGAUGGUUGGACGGGUGGAGUACAUUCAUAGCAAAAACUUCAUCCAUCGGGACAUCAAGCCAGACAACUUCCUCAUGGGAAUUGGCCGCCACUGCAACAAGCUUUUUGUCAUAGACUUCGGACUGGCCAAAAAGUUUCGAGAUAGUCGCACGCGCGUGCACAUCCCGUACAGAGAGGACAAGAACCUGACGGGCACGGCCCGGUACGCCAGCAUCAACGCCCACCUGGGCAUCGAGCAGAGCCGGAGGGAUGACAUGGAGUCCUUGGGAUAUGUGCUGGUGUACUUCCGGAAAGGCAGUCUGCCCUGGCAGGGGCUGAAGGCGGUCAACAAGAAGCAGAAGUACGAGCGCAUCAGCGAGAAGAAGAUGUCGACCCCACUCGAGGUGCUGUGCAAGGGCUGUCCGGGCGAGUUCGCCAUGUAUCUCAACUACUGCCGCGGCCUGCGCUUCGAGGAGGCGCCCGACUAUAUGUACCUGCGCCAGCUGUUCCGCAUCUUGUUCCGCACGCUAAACCACCAGUACGACUACACCUUCGACUGGACCAUCCUGAAGCAGAACGGCAUUGCCGCCCACGCCACCGGCCAGCCCAACCCGACCACCGCCGUCCAGCCAGGAGUCAACUGAGCAAGUCUAGCCAGUGUAGGCAAGCGACCUGUGGCCGUUGAGCCGGCCCGGCAACGCCGUCAUGCAGCCAAGACAAGCGCUCGUUCUGGUGAUAAAUCCUAGCAGAUACUGUGCGGCAGUCCCCGAUGGAGGGACGCGUCCAGCCCGGCGCGGCCGCCCUGCCGCCGCCGGCGGCGGACAUAUAUACAUUGUAAACAAAUUACACGUUACCAGAGUGCAGUGCGAGAAGUGCCGUGAGUGGUGAGGCCGGACGCAGCCGGCGCGCGCGCGCGGACUGGCACUGGCGGCGGCCAGUGCAUUCGAUCGUGUAGGGUAACGGACCGACUGGAGGGACCUGCGGCGCCACGCUGCGAGGGUCCGUGCAGCCAGCGUGCACGGUUGGCCAGGGCCGGCCGGCCGUCCCCACCGCCAGCACCUUUUUAUCAGACGCAAAUCAGCAUCGCAGCAGUUUUUAACAUGUGUUGGCAAUACAUGUGAUGAAGAGGUUCGCAUGUGUUAUACUUGCCGGGUGAUGCUAACACUUACUAUGUUAAUCUGCAUUACCUGCACUACUUGUUUCUGAGUUCGUUGGUGUCAGUCUGUGUCACAAGAUCUUCUCAUUGUAGGACGUUUUGUAAUAAAAGUUAAGUAAAUCGUA